UGAUGGCUACCUUAUGUACAUACCAUAUGUAGGUAAGCCGCAUUGCAGAUUGUUUAUGUAUUUAGUUUCCAAACACGUGGUCAGAUCAGAUCUGAAAAGUCUAUAGGGCAAGGGCAGGCAAGGGUAGCCUCUGUGUGUUGUCAGGUGUUGUUUGUCAAUGUAUAAUCGUUGUUGACACUCGUAUUAUUGGAAUAUGUCUCGUUUGAUAGUGAAAAAUUUGCCUAAGAAUGUUACCGAAGACGAGAUUAAAGACUCGUUUGGUGAAAAAGGAGUUAUUACAGAUGUGCAAUUGAAAUUUACUGAAGAUGGGAAAUUUCGACGAUUCGGCUUUGUUGGGUACAAAACAAAAGAAGAAGCUUCCAACGCCCUGACGUACUUCAACAAUAGUUAUUUUAAAAACUCAAAAAUUGUUGUUGAACUCUGUGCUGGAUUGGGUGAUCCCUCGAAGCCUAAGUCAUGGAGCAAGUAUGCUCUUGACAGUAAAGUGAAUCAUGACAAGAUAGCUGCAGAAGAAGAUAAAAGUAAGAAAAAGUCAAAGAAAAAUGAUGCAGUGGAGAAAGAAGAUGAUAAAAAAAAGAAAAAAAAGAAGGAUGAGAAAAGCAAGGUGGAAGAAAUCAUAAACAAACACAAAGAUGACCCACUAUUUAAUGAGUUUAUAAAAAGUCACAUUAAAGGUGAUACAAAAAUAUGGAGCAACGAUGACUUGCUUGUUCUGAAUGGAGAUGAUGACAAAAAUAGUGAUGAUUCUGGUAAAGGAAGUGGUAAAGAUGAUUCUGAUGAUGCUGAAGAUGAAAAAAUAGCUAAGAAAGCUAUUUCGGAUAAGGAGUAUUUUGAAUCAUUGAAAGCAAAAUCGCAAGGUAUUGAAGUUAAAAAAGUUGAAGAGUCGAAAAAGAAGGGCCCCCAAAAAUUCUUUACCGUUAAAGUUCAUGGGCUUGGAUGCAAUCACAAAAAAAAAGAUGUAAAACAACUGUUUCAUGGAGUAAAACCAAAGUCUAUCAGAAUACCACCUAAAAUCAGGGGUAUAGCUUAUGUUGGCUUCAAAACUGAGAAACAAAUGAAGCAAGCCCUUGCUAAAGAUAAAACUUUUUAUGACGGAAAACGUGUAUUUGUAAGUAAAUACGUUGAAAAAGAACAAUCUGGAGAAAAAGAGCAAGAUUGCAACAAAUCCAGAUGGAAACGGCAAGAAGACGAUCUUAAAAAUACAGAAUCCAUAGCCGAGUCUGGAAAAAUUUUCUUGAGAAAUUUAUGUUAUACCACAACCGAGGAUGACAUCAAGGCAAUCUUUGAAAAAUAUGGUCCUGUAACUGAAGUGAGUGUUCCAAUUGAUAUGUUCACGAGGAAAUCCAAGGGAUUUGGAACUGUGACUUUUCUAAUGCCGGAACACGCAGUCAAAGCUUUUGAAGAGCUCGAUGGUUCAAUUCAAAAUGGUAGAUAUCUUCACCUUCUUCCAGCAAAAUCGACAGAUACUUUAGAAGACAAACUUUCUGAUGGUGGUCUCAGUUUCAAAGAUAAAAAAGAGUUAAAAUUGAAAGCUACAGCUGGGCAUUCGCAUAAUUGGAACGCCUUAUUUUUGGAUCAAAAUGCUGUUGCAGAUUCAAUAGCCAAGAAAUAUAAUAUCACAAAAGAAAAACUUUUUGAAGACAACAAAGGAACCAGUUUGGCUGUUCUAUUAGCUCAAGGAGAAACACAUUUCGUGUUGGAAACAAAAAAGUUCUUAGAGACAAAUGGGGUUCAUUUGAAUGCCUUUAACCAAGCUCCAAAAGUUCGAUCGAAAGCUGUGAUACUUGUAAAGAAUUUAGCAGCUGGAACGUCGGUGCAAGAAAUACGAGAAAUGUUUGAAAAAUUUGGUGUAUUAGGUCGAGUUGUCUUGCCUCCUACCGGAAUCACAGCUCUUGUGGAGUUUAUUGAACCGUUUGAAGCUAGAAAAGCGUUUAAUAAGCUGGCAUAUUCGAAAUUCAAGUCUUUGCCUCUGUACUUGGAAUGGGCACCAGCCGACAGUUUUUCAUCCUCACCUCCUGCCGUUUCUACCUCGACUAGUAGUGAAAAAACAGAAAAUACGAAAACACCGCAAAAUACGACUCAAGAAAAUAACACGAAAGACGUUGAAUCAACUAAAGAUGAUAAAACAGAAGCUAAGGAAGAUGAAAGCGAUGAGGAAGACGAUGAAGAGCCCGAGCCCGAUACUACACUUUUUGUUAAAAAUUUGAAUUUCAGUACAACAGAAGAGCAGUUGAAAAAACAUUUCGAAAAAUGUGGUCGGUUGCACUAUUCCACUGUCUCCAAGAAAAAAGAUCCAAACAACCCCAACAACAAGUUGUCGAUGGGCUAUGGAUUCGUGAGGUACAAACUGAAGUCUAGCUUGGAGAAGGCCAUGAAAGAAUUACAAUCAUCAUUGUUGGAUGGUAAAACUCUCGAGUUGAAACGUUCCGAAAGAACACUUCAGACUGACAUAAAAGUAGUAAAAAAAACAAGCAAGAGCACUAAACAGACAGGAACAAAAAUUCUUGUGAGAAAUGUGCCUUUCCAAGCAAAUGCCGAUGAAAUUAAAGACUUGUUCAAGGUGUUUGGCGAAGUAAAAAGUGUAAGAUUACCGAAAAAAAUGGUUGGCGACGAGAAACAUCGUGGAUUCUGUUUUGUUGAAUUCUAUACGAAAAAAGAAGCAAAGACGGCUUUCGAAUCGUUGUGUUUGAGCACUCAUUUAUACGGUCGCAGAUUAAAUUUGGAAUGGGCUCAAACUGAGGAAGCCGUCGAAGAUCUUAGAAAACGUACUGCAAAACACUUCCACCAAGAACCAUCUAAGAGAAGUAAAAAAGGAACCUUCGAUCCGGAAGCACCAGGCCUAGAGGAUGAAAACUAAUUCGUUUCUAAUUAUAUAAAAAAAAAACUAAGUUGUUGAAUUAAAAACAAGUUAAUGUAUAUAGGAAAUAAAAUUUUUAUUAAUAUUUUAAUAUUCGAGAUGCAUUUCUCAUUAACCGGAAAAUACACGGACAUUUUUAGUUACAAUAUCAUGAUGGAUAGAAGGCAUAUUAACAAAAGAACGUUAUUUUGUAUACAAUUCACUUUCAUUUUUUUUACCUUGCAUGGAUUUGCAUUGUAGAGAAAGUCAACGUAUGAAACAUUAAAAUUCUUGUAUCAUUUACGAAACAACAUUUGGCAUAGUAAAAUAAUCACUAAAUUCGCACUAUACUAGAUGACCUCUUAGUAAAUUAGAGUUAAUCACCUUGAAUUUUUCACUAGAUGACGAAGAAUCAGACUUGGCUAUUUAAAUCUGAUUCUCAUCUGUGAAAAGAAUCAUUCAAUAUCUCAUCCUAAUUUUAGGUAUGUUUAGAGCUAACAUCGCGAUGUUCUGGUUGACAAGUUACGUCGACGUGUAAGUCAUUCUUCCUAUAAUCACAGCAUCGCACAUAUUUUUCUAGUAUACAGUGGACAAAAAAUACUCCUAUGUACAUAUCUUUACACACAACUUUCAAAGUUGUCUCAUGAUUUAAGCUCUGUUUCAAACGUUUUUUUUAUUUUAAUAUGAAUAUGAAAUACGCGUCUGCUUCAAUAUAGCCAAUAAUCUUUUUUCCCCGUGAAUAUGUGAUAUUUUAUAAGAUAUAAAAACUCACGCAAAGUGAAACAGUCUGUCAGGUUGGUUUCACUCGUCAUGCUGGUUUAUAACUGAAAAGUAAAAAUUCAGUCAAAUAUUGAAAAGUCGCGAAAAAU